UCGUGGCCACUCGGUACUCCGAGAUGAACAGCGACAACAGAGAAAAAACAAUCGGAGCUCAUCUUUUUCUCUUCUGAUAAGUUUUGUCUCUUCUUGAAAUUAUUAGAGGAAUCGGUGAUCACGCAACCAUGCAUGGAGGAGGGCGGAGGACCGUGUUUCGUCUGGAAAGCCCGAGACGCCGUCUAUAUAAGUUCUCCAGAUGAAUCAACCCCGAACAACAUCGCCUCUCGCUAUUCAUCAUAGCACACAAACAACGCUAGGGAGCCAAUCUCUUGAGCAAGAAUUAUAGUUCUGUGGCUUAUCAAUCUUCGGCAGUGAUGGUGGGUGACGAGAGCGUGAUGAAUCGUCAGCAGCAGACCGAGAAAUUUCGAGUCUUCAACGGGAGAGAGCAAUUCCCGUCGUCGAGCGUGUUGCACACGGUCACGGCGCUGCUGAUAUGGCUCGGCGCGAUCCAUUUCGACGCCAUACUCGUCCUGUUCUCUCUCCUCUUCCUUCCUCUCUCCAAAGCCCUCCUAGUGGUUGGCUUCCUCGUGGCUUGUAUGGUGAUUCCCAUAGAUGAUCAGAGCAAAGUUGGGCGAAAGUUGUCCAGGUACAUAUGUAAGCAUGCUUGCCGCUAUUUCCCACUGACUCUGCACGUGGAGGAUAUAACAGCCUUCGAUCCAAAUCAGGCUUAUGUUUUCGGCUAUGAACCGCAUUCGGUUCUGCCGAUUGGUGUCAUUGCGCUGGCUGACCUCACCGGGUUCAUGCCUCUCCCCAAGAUUAAAGUCCUCGCAAGUACUGCGGUCUUCUAUACACCAAUUGUGAGGCACAUCUGGACAUGGUUGGGUCUCACACCAGCAACAAGGAAAAAUUUUGUUUCCCUUUUGGAAGCCGGUUGUAGCUGUAUCAUUGUGCCCGGUGGUGUUCAAGAGACAUUUCUUAUGGAGCACGACUUCGAGAUUGCAUUCCUCAAAGCUAGAAGAGGAUUCAUCCGCAUAGCAAUGGAGACAGGCCGACCGCUAGUUCCAGUGAUCUGCUAUGGUCAAUCGCAUGUCUAUAAGUGGUGGAAGCCCAGCGGGAGGAUUUUCUUGCAAUUCUCCAGGGCUUUCAAGUUCACCCCGAUUUUCUUUUGGGGAAUUCUUGGGACUCCCUUACCCUUCCAGCAGCCGAUGCAUGUGGUGGUAGGGAAACCGAUUGAGUUCAAGAGAAAUCCGAACCCCACCGUUGAAGAGGUAAACGAAGUUCACAGUCAGUUUGUCGAAGCGAUGAGAGAUCUUUUCGAGUGGCACAAAGGGCGACUCGGGCAUCCUGAUCUUCAGCUGAAAGUUCUUUGAGCUGAUCGCGACCAAAAGUGCACUUCCUAUCGAUGCUUAUCAAGUCACCGUAGCAAGUCAGAAAGGUUUCUGAGUAUUUGGCAUUGAAUAUUUACACCAAAGUCAAUAAGAUCCUUCAAAGCCCUGUUUGAAGGAUGCCCAUUAUCACAAUUAUAAGAUAAUACUGCACAUUUGGAAGAAGUAAAGGCAGUCCCUCUCUUUCUUCUCGUGAAUUAAAAGGUUAUCUUUGACAAUGGUUUGUAAGCAA